UGCUCGGGUUACCAAUGGGCCCGAACUCUGCCGUUUAUGAAAAGAAGAGUUAUUCUGAUACAUUCACUGAGUUCUAUCAAGUUUUCGGCCAUGAGAAUGAUCAUAAGGCACCAUCAUUUGUAGAAGUUGAAAAAUGGUUGUCUGGUGAGGGAAAGAAUUCAAUAGAUGACAAAUGGUUGAAGAUUUGGCUAAUGUUUGCAAUUAGCACCUUCUUGUGCCCAACAUCAAGCCCAAAGUUGUGUGUGAGGGCUUUCCAUUCCAUUUCAAUCACCGAAGAGAUUAAAGGAUACAACUGGUGCAAACUAGAAGUGGACAGACUCAUUAAAGGAAUUGCAAAGUUUAAGUCUGGGAAGCGAAAGUUUGUGUCCGGGUGCCUCUUCUUCCUUACCAUAUUGUAUCUAGAUUCACUUGAUGUUGGUGAUAUCGUUAACAACGACUUGGAAGUAAGAGCCGCUGCGUGGACGGGACAACUCGUCUCCAAAGUCUGCCUCAUGGAUAAGCUCUCCGAGACUCAGUUCGGCAAACUACAACUAAAGCCAGAACAUUUAAGAACAACGAUGAUCCCACCAGAAAGGAUCCAACAAUUCAUCGAUUCAAACAUGCCAGAAUCGGUCAUUGUUGGGUACAACAGCAAGAAGCACAUGCAGAAGGAGGUCAAGCAGACCCUAGUACCUCUAAAGGUACCCGGGAGAGGGGGACGAAGAUGA